ACCGCGCCGCACGUAAUGCGACAACUUGUAAGAGUUCGUCAUACUAUACUAUAGAUUCGUUUACAAUAUAUAUUCAGUAUAUCCAAGUGUAUGAGAUAGUUUGAACAGUGUUUCUCUUAGAAUGUUCUUCGUAAAGUGACCUAUUAUCUGUAGACAUUUAUAUAGUAACUCUAUAUAUACAUUUACGGAUUAUCUGCCUACAACCCGGCAGCAACUUCGCUCAAUUUUUUCACAAACCAAAUGACGUAACAGCACAAUGAAGGAGCAAGCUCUACAGUUGCCCACGCGCAACGUCCUCACCGGCGCGGUGGUGAACUGGGAGGACGAUGAGCUGGCCGCCAUGUCUGACAUGCCAGGGAACCUCACCCUCUCGUGGAAGGACCUCUCUGUGUACAGGAGGAAGAAACACCAGACCAGCAUCUGGAGGUCACCGACCUACGAGGAAGUUAAGGUCUUGAAUGGAGUAAGCGGCAUGGCGCAAUCAGGGAACCUGGUGGCGCUAAUGGGUUCCAGUGGUGCUGGCAAGACGACACUCUUGGCAGCCAUCAGCAGGCGCGACAAGAGUGCAAUGACCGGGUACAUCAUGCUGAACGGCAGACUGGCAGGUGCUGACCUCAUUGCCAAGAUAUCUGGCUUCGUGCCGCAACAGGACUUGGCUAUUGAAGACCUCACUGUUUCUGAGCAUAUGGAGUUUAUGGCUCGUCUGAUGAUGGACAAACGCGCCAACAAAGCGGUGCGAACGAGACGCAUUCAGCAGCUGCUAGGCGAACUUGGGGUGUUCAACUGCACCAGGACAAAGCUGAAGGCUCUGUCAGGAGGAGAAAGGAAGAGAGUCUCAUUAGCUGUUCAGCUACUAAAUGACCCACCGAUCCUAUUCUGCGAUGAGCCAACAACAGGCCUGGACAGCUGGGCAGCCAGCGCGGUUGUCUCUCGUUUGAGGAAACUGGCAAUAGGUGGAAAACUUGUGAUCUGCUCUGUACACCAGCCCGCGUCAGGGGUUUUUGAACUGUUCCAUCAAGUGGUUCUGCUUGCUAGCGGCAGAAUAGCCUUCCAUGGUACCAUAUCACAAGCUGGGGAGUUCUUUGCUUCGCUAGACUACAAAUGUCCCGUUGGUUUCAACGCAGCAGAAUACUACGUCUCGCUCCUCGGUAUACAAAUAGAUAAAGAAAUGGAAAGCAGAGACAGGAUCAGGAAGAUAUGUGACGAGUAUCAACGAUCUGAUAUAGCUGCUGAUAUUGAGAUCAAAGUUGGUGACAUCAGGGAUGAAGUAGACUACUUCAAUGGCACCUUGGAUGAAAAGAAUCAGUAUUUCGAACGCUACUUAACUCUAGUCAAAGUAAAUUACUUCGUUCAGUUCUACUGGUUGAUGUGGAGGAAUAUACAAUCGAUAAAACACAAUAGCUCAAUUUGGAUAGCAGAAUUUCUCCUUCUUAUGUUUGUCGGCCUUAUUAUCUCCAUCCCUUAUUCGGGGCACUUCGACGAGCUCGACCAAAGAGACAUACAGAACGUCCAAGGUCUGCUGUACCUGACCAUCACGGAGACAAUCUUCCUCUUCAUAUAUGCUGUUUUCAUCACCUUCCCAAGUGAAGUGCCCAUACUACUGAGAGAGACAGCUAGCGGACUGUACUCACCGUUGCCGUACUAUGUGUCUAAAAUGAUAUUUUGGAUACCUCGAGCGGUGAUAGAACCGACAUUAUUUGCGUCGUUGGUAUUCAACGUCGCUGGUCUUCAUGGAGGCUUUAUGGGGUGGCUCGGAUUCUGCUUCAUCUGUGUACUCUGCGCCAACUACGCCAAUGCCUAUGGUUCAGUUCUUUCAGCAGUUUUUGACAAGAUGGAAACAGCAGCCUUAAUAUCCGUCCCAUUCGACCUUCUCGGUAUCAUGUUCUCUGGAAUCUAUCUCAACUUAGCGAGUGCCAAACCGUACAUAUCCUGGAUUAAGUACAUCUCAGGGUUCUAUUACGGGACUGAAAACAUUUCCAUUCUGCAAUGGGACUUCGUAGAAACCAUAAAUUGUGUAAAUAUACCAGGGAUACCGUGUAUUAGAACAGGACCAGAAGUUUUAGCAAGGUUUGGUUACGCAGAAGUUAAUUUCUGGAGGAAUUGUGUGUGUUUGGUGGCUAUGUAUUUUAUUGGUCAUAUCAUAGCGUAUGUGAGUGUUGUCAGAAGGAGUAGGGGGACACCUGUGUAUUAAGUAUUUUUAUUUGUGGCAAUAUUUAAUAUCGUUUUAAAAGUACGUUUUCAUUUGAUUGUAGAUUUUUCUCUGAUGUAAAGAACGAGGCUAGGGACUCUCCCUUAACUCUGUUUGAUAAUGGGAUGAAAUAUUUUUUUCACUUUCCAUAUUUCUAUUAUAAUUAAGCAUAUCGACUGAAUUAGAAUAUACUUACGGAUAUUGCGUUUAAGAAAACAGUGUUUUUUAUACUAUACAUGUUUUACUUUUAAAGCAAAUUCGAUAUUGAUUAGUAAGAAGUCUAUACCUAAUAGAUAGAUAAUUAAUAUUUUACGUGUAUUGUUGUUUUCAUAUAGGU